UAGAUUUUAGUAUUUCCAAUUUUUGAAGCCUAACCAUGUAUAUAUAUACACACACACACACAUGUAUUAAUAAUUUGCUUUGCAACUUGAAGUCUUUUUAAGUUGAUGCAUGGGGUCAUCUUCCAUUUUUAUGGGUUUAUAAAUAGAGGGAGACAGUGAGAAAAAGAGAGAGAGAGAGAGAUUAGGAGAAAUAUGGGAAGGAGUCCAUGUUGCUCCAAGGAAGGACUCAACAAAGGAGCUUGGACUGCUUUAGAAGAUAAAAUACUUACAUCAUAUAUUCAUGUUCAUGGUGAAGGCAAAUGGAGAAACCUCCCCAAGAGAGCUGGUUUGAAGAGAUGUGGCAAAAGUUGCAGACUUAGAUGGCUGAAUUAUCUUAGACCAGAUAUUAAAAGAGGCAACAUCUCUCAUGAUGAAGAAGAACUCAUUAUAAGACUCCAUAAUCUUCUUGGCAACAGAUGGUCUUUAAUAGCUGGAAGGCUACCCGGGCGAACAGACAAUGAAAUCAAGAACUACUGGAACACUACUUUAGGUAAGAGAGCUAAAGCUCAAGCAUCCAUUGAAGCUAAAACGAUACCAACCGAGUCUAGGCUCAAUAAACCCUCGAAAAGUUCAACCAAAAUCGAAGUGAUUCGAACUAAAGCUAUUAGGUGUAGCAGCAAGGUGAUGGUCCCAUUACAACCACCUGCAACUCAUCAACAUGGUCAACAUCACUAUACAAAUAAUAAUGAAGAAAUGGGUGGUGGUAUUUCAACAAUUGAAGCUCACAAUGGAAUUCAAAUGCUUGAGUCAUUGUACAGUGAUGGCGGCUCAAAUUUGUUGAGCUUCGAGAUCAAUGAACUGUUGAAAUCACACGAUGGUGGAGAAUUUGAGGAGAAUCCUAUGCAGCAGCACUUUCCGUUGGGUGAGGCAAUGCUUAAGGAUUGGUCUACAUGUCCUUGUCUUGAUGACAAUGGUGCCACUGAUUUGGAAUCAUUGGCCUUUUUGCUUGACACUGAUGAAUGGCCAUGAUACGAAUAUCAGUACUGCUACAGUGAAAAAUAAAUGCAAUCAUUUCACCGUAUAUCUUUUUUUCUUAAGAUUAGAAAAAAAAAAUGCUUCUUUUUGCUUGUUGGAAGGUUGCAUGUUAUGACAAAAUUACUGUAAUUUUGGGUGUUGAAAAAUAAAUAACUCAUCCACGUGUCUGGUUAAUGCUA